UCCUGAACUCCUUGCACACACACUCAUACUCCUCUUCGGCCAUGAAGAACGUGCCUUCCUUAUUCCUACUGCUAGUCCUGACAGCUGGGCCUGGAAUCUCCCCAAACCUUGUCCUGGCCCAGCUAUGCGCUCCUGAAUACAUAGUGACGGCCGCUAAUCAUAACUUAACCAUUGGACUGUCACACGUAAGCUCAUAUCUGUACUUGCGACCAGACCCAGGCUUCCAAGGCGUCAGCAUGACGGUGGUGACGUCUGAUGGCGAGGAGUAUACCGCCUUUUUCCCGAAGCAUGACAAGUGCUUUCAGGAUGAAGCGGACUGGUGGCAGAUUUUGGUGGCUUCGUGGCCAUACAACUACACUUCUGACAACAUCAACCAUCACGGACUUUACAUUAGAAUGUGGACUGACAGGUGUCCCAGCCUGUGCUACUAUACUGCCUCUGUCGAUAAAAUUGAGGACUACAUUGUUAUGGGUCACGGUCCCUCAGCAUGGAGGAUCAACCCCCCGGACUCACGCUGCAAGAUUGUAAAGAUUAUGGACAUUCAUGAAAAGGAAGGUGUGCCUUGCAGGGCUUAUACAUCUCCGAGAAGUGACAGCAUCACCCCUCGACCUGUUGCGACCGUCCGCCCCGCCACGUCCACGACCACACGCCCUACCACGACCACACGCCCUACCACGACCACACGCCCUACCAUGACCACACGCCCUACCACGACCACACGCCCUACCAUGACCACACGCCCUACCACGACCACACGCCCUACCACGACCACACGCCCUACCACGACCACAAGCACUACCACGACCACACGCCCUACCAUGACCACACGCCCUACCACGACCACAAGCACUACCAUGACCACACGCCCUAUCACUCCUACACCUGCGUCCACUGUAUCGCCUACCACCCCAAUUUGCACAGAAUCUAUACCAAGCUCCUUACUGGUGGUGGUGGUAAUGUUGGGCAUUGUACUGGCAAUGUAUCUAGUCCAACUUGUGAAGGGCCUCAAGAAAAAAACAAAGACCAACACAACCGACAGUGAAAAAGGUGUCACUAGCGGGUGCAGGAAGCGCAGUUCACUUCAGCAGCUUGCAGGAAGGCCCGUGCCUGAAGGAACUGAAGCAACCCGAAAAUAAGUGGAAGAUUAUGACCCAGCGGAACGCCUCAGUCUUCUCCCUCCUCGGAUUCCUCUUCGUUGGAGCUCGAAGAUUCUUCUCCCUCCGCCCUGCAAUGUACAGACAGGCAGUGUCAAUGUGCGUGUGGGUGUGGGUGUACGUAGGUGUGUACGAGGUUAGGUAAGCAUACAUGUGACGGCUUUGAGUGGCGUACACGUAAAUACUUCAAAGGCUUCUGUAUUUUUAUGUAAUUUCUUGUUUUGUACGUAGUACAGAUUGUUGGGUUUGCCCGGAAAAGUUUGGUUAAGUUAUUAUGUUAUUUGGUUAGUUAACGUUAGAUUAGGUUAGGUUUAUUUUAGGUUAGCAGGCAUGUUCAAGUGGGAUGACAGUAGUGUUAGAAGGGUAAUGUAGAAAGUCAACUGUUUGUGAACAAUAAACUAUUCGUAGCUCUCUCUCUCUCUCUCUCUCUCUCUCUCUCUCUCUCUCUCUCUCUCUCUCUCUCUCUCUCUCUCUCUCUCUCUCUCUCUCUCUCUCUCUCUGUUAAAAGCGCACAUUUUUUGGAGAGCAUUUGGAGACUAUCAGGGAAUAACGACAAAACCUGAGGGACUGAAAUCCCUUCAGGUCUUUUGUCGCUGCCACACCAAGACAACCACUGCAGGGACAUACACUACUUGUAACUUAGGGGCAGCAGUAUGCUUAAAGUUUGUUACAAAAAGAUGGAGUUGUGUUCAUUGUGUUCAUUGCACACACACACACACACACACACACACACACACACACACACACACACACACACACACACACACACACACACACACACACACACACACACACACACACACA